CGUAGUAAACAAUAAAUCCAUACCUGGGUGUUCUAAAAUUAUACCUUAAGUGGAUAAAUUUUGGCGAGUAUUUAAUUUGGCGAAUGACCAAAAUGGGAUAUUUGGUGGGUAUUUACUUUGACGAAUGAUAAAUUUUAUAAAAUUUUGCCAGGAUUUAAUUUGGGUGAAUACAAGAAAUGUUUAUUUUGGCGAAUGACACAAAUAAAUGAAUUUUUAUGUUUGAAAUGUUUUAUAAAAAUUGAGAAUAAACGUAUAUAUAAACAAAAAAUUUACCUGUAACAAUCCUCCUUAUAUUGUAUUAUAAAACCUGUUGUAAAUAUAAAAAAAAGUUCGUUUUGUUUGGGGAAAGUCGUUGUUUUUUUUUUAAAAAAACGUAUUGAAUUUGGUGAAUAGUCAGUUAUCAAAAUUUUGGCGGGUAUUUAAUUUGGCGAAUUUUGCCAAAAUUUGUCAAAUUUAAUUCUUGCCAAAAUUUUGUCCACUUAAGGUAUUUAUGAAUCGAGUAUCUAGCAAAAUAGAAAUCUAAAAAUGAGAAAAAAGUCGACCUUUAUGGUUAUUUCUUAAACUCUGAUAUCUUUUUAGGAAAUAAUAUUAUCAGUUAUGAAACAACACAGCAUCUCCAUCAAUCAAAUAUUAUGUAUGUUAUGGAAUCAGUCGAACUUUUUUGGGAGCAUAAAGUUAGAUAACAAAUCCACUUUAAAAAAUUUCGACAGGGUAAUAUGAGAUAAGUGUCACCACUUCUUCAACAUGAGGAAUUAAUUUACACUAGUCGUUAGCCCGUGGAAAGAUCCACGGGUUCGCCCGUCCUUGUUAUACCGCAUAUUACAUGUGUCUCGCUACUUGCGCAUCUAAGCUACCAUUUUGCGUGACAGACAGACAGACGGCAGACGUAUACGGGUAUUAUAAUAUAGAUAAUUAUUUUAUUGCUGACAUCACCAUGUUUUACUUGAUGUUAUCAGAGAAACUUGGACAAAAUGAUUCAUUCACAAUAUAAAUAAUGUGUGUACUUUUUUUUACUCAAGUCAAUAUUCAAUCAGAAUUUAUAACAUUUUCCAAUUCAGAGAACUAUACUAUUAGUUUCGGGCUAUUUUGAAUAGCUUCUGACAUCAUUUUCAGGUCAAGUCAAAAUGUUUAAUAAGUUUUCUAUUAUACUCACAAACAGUUGUACGUGACAUCAGUAAUAAUGAGAUAAUGGACACAGCAAUUUAAAAUCUCAGGGGCUAAUAAAAUUUGAAUUCUAAACAGCCGUUUUACGUGCUCUAUUCUAAAUAGGGUUAAUAAACUCUUCCCGAAUUUUACAUUUUUUGCUGCUUUUAGUUUCUUUGUUUUAUUUCUCUUUUAAACAAUAACAUCAGUAAUUAAACUGUUGUAGGAGGUUAUUUAUUUGCAGUAUGAUUUUGAAAUUUUAGACAAAUUUUUGGUGAGGAUUUCAAAUAUUUUAUCUAUUUUCUGCCGAAAGAAGCUGUGGCACAUUAUUCUUAGCUUUGCUACUUUGAUCUUGCUUCAUACAUAUGUCUUUAAAUUAAACUUCUAAAGAAACCAUAUAAUAAUCAGUCUUACAAAACUUUGAAUGAAGUACAAACUGUGAGAAAACAUUUUUUUUACUUGUUUUACACCUAACAGUUUAGGGAUAAAACAAGUAAAAAAAAACAUUUCAAUGAAGAUUAGAAAAUAAUAAUUUUGCAUCCACAAAGUUUAUUUGGAUAAUCAAUUAUUUUUUAGAAAAAAAAAGGAUUACAAACUUCUGUUUACAUUAAAAAGCUAAAUAAUAAUCACAUUCUAGUAAAUAAUCACAUUCCAUACAAAAUAUUUCAUAGAAUUGGUGUCUGUAAUGUUGUUUUAAAAUUUGAACAUCACAAUAUUUAUUUCGAAAACGUCAAUGUGACGUUUGUUGGACAUCAUACAGUUUGUGAUUCACUCCUAAUGAAUUUUCAAAACAAAAUUUCAGUGUUGUUUAAAGGAGUAAAUUUGAACAAAUUAAUAACUAUGUACUAUAAAUAACUGUAAAUAAAAAAUAUAUAUCUCAUGUGACUGAUUAAAUUAAUAUUGACAACCAUGGCAACAACAGAUUUUUUAUAAACUUCUAAAAACUAAUCUUUUUAAUUCAAUGAAUUUUGUUUACUUAUAAAAUGAUACCAGAUGUUAAUAAACAUGUUACCAACUAAACUGAUGCUCCAUUAAAUUACAACAACAUAAUUUAGAAAACAGAGAGGUUGCUGUUUCUAAGAAAGUCACCUAAUUUAAAUUUCUGUUACCUUGACAUAUAUUUGGUAUCUUGGUGUCAAAUGACAACCUAUGUGCCAAUGUUUUGUAUUUCCCAUCAUAUUUCACUUUUGUAGAAUCGUGAUAAAUCAAAAUAAACGAACAAACAUUUCUAGAACUUUAAUAUUUUAUUUUAUAACAUAAAUUCCCUGUGAAUUCCAAAAUUACAAUCUCAACAGCGUUUUUGUUUUUAUUAUUUGUAUUUCAAAAGCAGACCUAACUAAGAAAGACAGUCAAAUAUACCAGUGUCUUGUUGCCAUAGGACUAAUGUUUUCAAAAGAUGUUUAUUUUAUAGAGUAUGGCAAGGUUUUGUAUAAAUGAAUAUGCAGUUGGAUCAAGUUUCCACUCUACUUUCACUUUCCGUGAACAAUGGCUAACAAUUCUACUAUUAGCACUUGCAAGUUAUGGCCAAACAAUCCUUUUAAAUGUAAUAUUUUAUUUGUGGUGCAGCAUAUAUUUCCAUCAAUCUCCAUUCUUGGUUGCAGUUGGAUACUACUUAUUAUCUGGUUGUUUAAAAAAUACCAUGUGUUUGUUCAACGUUUGAUAGUUGCAUUGGUUACUUCAGCAUUAUUUCUCAGCGUGAGCUACUUGCUUGGUAAUGUUCACAUGAAACACAGUCAGUUAAGGUGUUACGCUCAAUCAAUAUUCAUGCAGUAUUUUUUGUGGGCAACCUUGUCCUGGGUCAUUGUUAUUUCUGUAAAUAUGAUUUUUAUUGUGAAAGGUAUUGACAGUAAAAAGUAUGAGCUGUUUUAUCAUGCAUUUGCAUGGACCAAUGCAUUGCUUUGGGCCGGAAUACCUUUCGUAAAUAAUAGUUAUGGUCCUGCGGGUGUAUGGUGUUGGAUUAAAAAAGAAGCUUCAAUUCUUCGAUUUGGUGUGUGGUAUCUCCCGCUUUUGAUUGUUUGCCUGUGCCUGUCUGUUAUGUAUGUUUACAUGUUUAUACGUAAUAGAAGAUUGGCUAAAUAUAGCUCAGCUGCUGAAUUAGAACAAACAUUUCAGAUUUAUCAGAGAGAAGUAAAACCAUUACUAGUUUACCCAUUCAUCUAUAUCCUAUUAACAAUACCAAUUUUUGUGUAUCGUUUAUAUGAUGUCACACACCCACAUCACGAACCGAAAUUCGUAUUGCUUCUUACAGCAGUUGUAUUUGCUCCAUCAGCUGGUUUUGCAAUGCAGUAGCAUAUGCGUUUUACAAUAAAUCUAUUCGAGAAUUGAGUUGGAAAAAAUUCAAGGAAGCACUUGUUGCUCGCAUCUUGGGAAAGCCAUACAAUGUACGGCCAUAUGAAGUUGAUGACGCAAGAAGCAACAGUGUUGUGAGACCAAUUCGUUCUAAUUCAGAACCAGAUGAUUUUGAACCAAAAGAAAAGAGUGAACCACAUAUGGCACAAGACGAUAAAUUACCAGAUGAAUCAGAUGACCUUAAGUUUUAUAACUCAACAUUUCAGAAGCCUGCUAUACGCAAUAAUAAUAAAAAUACUGAAGACGUUUAGGUUAGUUAGUAACGUGUAAAGAGUUUUAUAAUGUAUAUAUAACUUUUCAACACUGUAAUUACUUUUUUUGACAUUAUAAUAUCUUGUUUAUUACAAAGUGAGUUUUAAUAUAAUUUCAUUUUCAUCUGUAUCAAUAUAAAGUAACUAAAAUCAGGGAAAAAACAACAAAUUUGAAUUUUUUCCAAUGGGAUUUGGAUUAAGAGAGUGGACUGUGUAGGUUUUACUGUUGGAAAAUGACAAUUGUACAGAUAUCUUUUUUAAAUCUUUUGUAUUUUUAACUUCACUUGAACUGUUUUUUAAAAAUGGAAUAAGCAAAAAUCCAUUAACUUGUUUUGAAAUGACUACUUUAUAGAUGUUUUUUUUGAUGGCACCAUUAAAAGUCAUUGUUCAUGUUUAAAGCUAUCCUUAUUAAAAGAUUUUUACAAGUUUUAUAAUUUUACACUAUAUUUCAUUUUUUUAUAACUAUAUCUUAUAUAAUUAUUGACAAGUAAUAAUAUCAUAUUUUUAACAAUUUAUAUUUUUUGACGACAUGAGGAGCACUUGUAUAGUUUAUGCAUUAUAGAUAUACUGAUCAUUAGAAAAAUGUGUCUUUAUUAAUUUUUAAGAUGAUUUUUUUUAUUAAACAAGACAUCCCUGCAUGUAGCGUAUAGCUUCCAUAAAUAUUUUAAUUUAUCUAUGCUGAGUUGUGCCGUACUUGGGUAGUCAUGCUUAAAAUUGUAUUGAUUUUCUACUUUUCUUUUUAAAGUUUUAUUAAAUAGCCAAUAUUUAAUAUUCUCUGCAGUAUGGAAAAAAAUUUUUGAACUUGGAGAUAAAAACUUUAUUAUACUUUAAUAUUGACUAUGUAUGUUAACUGUACCAUGCCUGUUACAAUACCUUUUUAUUGUCACUUGUCUAACAAACGUGAUAUUGGUUUAUUUUUUAGAAUAACAACAUUGUAAAGGACAAUGGCAAACUUAACCUCGAAGUGUUCAUUUUGGCCUGAAACUCCUUCAAAGUGUCACAACAUCUUGGUGCUGUUAAAAGUGUUUUCCAGUAUUUCAUUACUUGGCUGCAUCUUCAUAAUUGGUACCAUAUGUCUUUUUAAGUUAUACAAAUAUUUCGUUCAGCGGCUGAUACUAUUUUUGAGUAUAUCCGCCGUGAUUAAAGUUAUAAUGAAUUUAUGUUCAGUUGAUAACGAAGGCACAUCGUGUGUUGUGCAAGCCUUUAUGCUGCAGUACUUUAACUGGGCUGAAUUAUUAUGGGUAUGUUGUAUUACUGCAAACAUUGUACUUGUAUUGAAUGGUGUGCAAGCUAAGAAUUAUGAACUGUGGUUUCAUUUGAUUGUGUGGUUGGUAUCAUUAGCCUGGAGCGUUAUACCAUUUAUCGGGUCUCACUAUGGUCCUGCUGGUAUGUGGUGCUGGAUAAGGAGAGAUGUUCCUGCCUUACGUUUUGGUAUUUGGUACAUACCAUUGCUAUUGUUUAUUGUUGCAGCAGUUGUUGUGUAUAUGUUCAUUUGUGUGCGUACAUUUUUUUCUGUUGAUGUAGAUGAGGGUUUUCGUUAUGAAGAAAUGCAAGGAAGAGACAUCUUGCGACAAGAAGUGAAGCCCCUUUUCGCAUACCCACUUAUCUAUUUGAUAUUUAGUUUACCAGUCGCUAUAUACAGAAUCGAUGAUGCUGUUCAUCCUAAUUUGCCACCUAAAUAUAUUUUGCUUGUGUUGAGUGUGAUCUCAACUCCAAUGCUAGGUGGAUUAAAUGCUAUUGUGUUUUCCCUUUAUGGUGAUACGCUUAAAAUGUUAUCCUGGAAUAACAUUAAAGGGGCAUUUUUAUCACUGGGGGAAGGGCCACAAGUAUAUGUGCGGCACAAUUAUGAUGUAACGGAUUAUAGUUCGGACAACCAAGCACUUCUGUAUCAUAAGGGCGAUGAGCAUAUCACAAUGAAAUAUGGAACCAAAGAGACUGCAUAAAGUUUCAAAAUUUAAACAUAUGAUGCAUAAGCAUAGCAUUAUGAGGUCAAUGUGCAAAGUUAUAUGAGACCUGUAAGAACAAAUAACUUUCACUAUUACUUUCAUAUAAAAUAAUUCCUGUUUCAAAAAAAAGUGCUCAUGUUUUGAUGCAAUUCUCUUUUUGUUAAUUUGUUAUUUUGGAAAUAUGAGAUUAUUUUGGAAUAUUAUAUUCCGGAAGUAUGUUUGAUGUGCGUAUUUUGCGAUUUUUCGAAACACCAUCAGAUAAAAUCUUCCUAUGUGUUUCUCCAAUUAUCAUUAUAACCUACUAAAUAAACUAUAUCAUUUUUUGUUUGUUUAUAGCAAAACAUUUUAUUAUUUUUACUAAGAAACAGCCUUGAAAAACGCUUUACUGUGAUUGAUUUUUAUGCCUUAAGAUUUCUGCUUUAUUUACUUUAGCAGCAAUAAUAAAGUACCUUUUUAAUGUUGCUUAAAUUGAAAACUAGGGUGUAUAGCUUGCUGGAUAGCUCAACAAUUAAAAAGAAGCUGCAAGUUUUAUCUAUUUAUCUAUUGAAAAAACUAAUAAAAAAUUGAAAGACGUGAGAGAUUGUUUAUAAUGUUUUUAAAGGCACGUAAUCACCUUGUAGGCAACUGUUUUUGAGGUACCUAUUUUAUAGUAAAAAUUGAAAGAUAUACAUGAGAAAACAUUAUCCUGAAAAUUUUAUUGAAAACUGACAACCAGAACAUGUUCAAAUGUUUCAUAGAAAUAGCCUACUCACCCCAAUUUCUCUUAGCCUACGGAACCGCCAUUACAUUUCAUUGCACGAAUCAUGCGAUAAUAAACGCACAGCAAAAUCGAUCACAUGGUUGCUGGAUUCAUGCCAUUACAAAAAAAUAAUGAAUGAGGGAGAGCAUCUGUAGCUGUGUUUCCACCGUAAUGCUUUUAUAAAUGUAUCAACAAAGUUCUGAAGAUGAUAAAUUAGAUAAAUCAAUCAAAGUUUCUGUGUUAUUCUUUAUUAUUUAAACGUUUUAACUUACUGAAAUCAGAUUUCUUUGCAACAACGACCUCUUCUUCUUCUUGUUGUUUUUUUAAGGUAGCUUUGCCUCGCUAGCUGUCUUACUUUUUGAUUAUUUUCCUUUAUUCAAACAGUUAGUCAUUUCCUUACGGAGACAUUAUCAGAUCUACGCAAUUAGAAUACCUAGAUUUUUAGAAUUUCCCCUUUUAUGCUCUAAAUUUAAUUAUCUCCAUAAUGCUUCAACUAUCUUCACCUAUCACAAUGUGCAUUCUCCCCCGUUGGGUUUUUUUGCUUAUAAUAUGCAAUAAUCCCGGUCAUGCUAAUAAAAAAAGCUAGAGCGUGAUAAACAUUAAUUAUCAUAAUUUUUAACAAGGUGACAAUAUUGCGAUUUCUUCUUUCUGUUUCGUUUUGUCUGUGGUCUCCAAAAACAAUGGCGAAUAGAAUAAAGAGAAAAUUAUUAUUUUCUUCUGUGUCUUUCCAAUAGAAACUCCUGGGAUAAAAUUUCUUUCCAAUUUUUGAUGCCAUGUAUUACAAAGAAAAAACAAGCCAAAAAUACAGCGUGAACGGAGCCUACCAUAAAGGCGAUAUUAUCAAACUCCAUCUCAGUGCUCAUUUAAAGUUAAGGCCAUUUGUUUACCUACAAUUUUACACGAAAAUUUUGCGACAACCCGCUUAUUAGACGGGAAUAAGAGCUCAACAAGAUCGUUAAGUAUGGCGGCUAGAAAAAAAACACAAUAAAUUAGGAUAUUAAAGUACCAUUAUUUCCAUUUCUAGUAAGUUUUAUAUCCUUAAAUAUUCAGGAAAGGCAUAACUCCGUCUAAACUUUGAAAUUAAUAAAAAAAAUGUAUAUGUUAAUUUUUUUGAAAAGGGUGAUUACGGGCCUUUAAUAACGUGAUAUAUUAAAUAUAGCCUGGUCCAUGUGUGAACUAAAUACUUUUGCAAAAGGAUUUCAUAUCAGAGAGAUGCAUUUGUCUUUUCUUUCUUUUCCUUUUCUUUUACUAAAUUUAAAUAUCACUGGAUAUCACAUUUUUCUUUUUGUUUUUAUGAUUUUCCUCUGUUUUUUUAAGCUUGUAUGCUAAGAAAUGACAUUGAGUUUUUAUAUUCAUUGACUCAAUGGUGUGAACAUGAAAUUGUCAACAUAACAGGUGUUAAAAGAUUAGCUCACUGAGCAAGUUAAGCCAUGUUAAGGCUCAAGCCAAUGAUUUAUAUUAAGCAUUGAUAAAACAAUAACAGAUUUUUUAAAAAAUAUAUGUUAUUUUAAUUAAUUCUCAUAAACUAACAGGUGAGUUAAAAAAAUAAAAAAUGAUAGCAGGCGAGUUAGCCCUACGACUCUUUGAUAAAAUCUUUGAUAAAUGUUACAAAGAAUUUACAUGGAGUUGGUUCUAGGCUGCUGAGACUACACAUACUGUAUGUCACCAUGGGCUGUCCUCUGGGAGACUCUCUUGAAUAUUUCCAAUUGGAGCCUAAUAGCCAUACAAUUAUGAAUUUCUAGCUAACACACUGAAUACACGGUGUAAAACAGCCCUGCUGCUGUGUAAAAAAUGCAUAAAUAAAAGAUUACAAAAGUAUAAAUAACUGGAACAUUAUAGUAAAGAAAAAAAUAUAAAUAUAAUAGCUGAUGCCUGCAGGGGGGUUGACAAAUCAUUCUUUCCCCAUGCAAAUACUUUUUCAUUUAUUUUACUUUUCUUGAUGGCAACAUACUCGAAAGAAAAAACAAAUUUUAAGAUUCACAAUAAUACACAAUAUGUUGAUGUUUGCCAUAGAUAUGAUAAACGAGAUUUUAGAUCAAACUACUUUAGUUAUGAUUAAGAAGUUCUACUGAAGUAUAUUUUCUUUGAAAUCACUAUAACAUUCUAAAUCGUAAGUCAUUUUUAAAUCGUAAAUCAUUUUAAAUCGUAAGUCAUUUAACGUAAAUUUUUAUGUCGUCUUUUUUAUUUUUUUUAUUCUGUUUUUAUUCAUACGAUUUUUUAAAACUAUAAAUUUAAAUUUAAAAUCACCCUAAAGUAUUGUAUUUCCUUUUCAAAUUCUAAAUCAACAAUUACAUGUACGAAAGGACUUACCUUUUAGUCAAGUUAUAAGCACUUCAUCAUUUAAUGUUUUUAGUAACAAAAUUUUUCAAUGUUUUUAAAGGGUGUGAGAUUUAUACUUUAUAACACUUUUUAUUUAUUGUAUAGGUUGUAUUAAUUUAUAAUAUUUAUUGAUAACAUUUAUUUAUUUGAACAGUGUAAUAUUGAAUUUUUAAUAUUGUAAUUUAAUAAGUAGUUUGUAAAGAAUGGCUAUGGUUUUA